AACAUCACAAUAUUCGCCAAUGAUAUAACACAAUUCAAAAUCUCGGCCUGACUCACUUAGAGGCCAAUUAUUCUGUAUAGAUGAAAAUAUGUGUUAGUAUCCUUAAGAAUAUAGAUGAUGACCGGAAGUAGUUCUGGCUCCAUGGACUAAUCCAGUCCAAUCUUGUCUUUUCGCCUGAGGCAUAUUUUAAUAAUGGACAGUGACAGUGAAAAUAGCUUCGAGCUCUCCCGUAACACCAGCCAUGCGGCGGAUAAUGAUGGUGUCGCCACGACUAACCUUACUCGAUCGCAAGCCCUGAACCUUUAUGUUAGCCAUGCGUUCUCGACAUGGAACGCUCGUGGUUACGAGUUUGCCACGAUUCUCUUCACCGCAGCCGCAUACCCGGAUACCCUUGUAGCAGCUGCGCUUCGCAUGAUAAUAGUAUACUUCGCCAUGAUCUUAUUUUCCAAUUCGGUCGGACAUUGGGUCCAACACUCACCUGACAGGCUUCGCACUCUGCUCUCAACAAUCAUAUGUAAUCGGGGCUCCGUUAUCAUUGGCUCAUUCUUCUGGAUCUUGAUAUUGAGUCAGGAGGACCUAGUAGGACGUGAGGCUAUCUUUGUAUUGCCUAAGAAUACCCUGCUCAAGGGCCUUGGCUUCGCUAUCGCUGUAACUUUUGGUAUUGUCGAGCGCUUGAGCUCUUCCGGUAAUCUUAUAUCGAUGGAACGAGACUGGGUCGUCACCGUAGCCGCCCCCGCCGGCAGCCCAUACAACCUAACGCAUCUAAAUGCAGUUAUGCGGCGCAUCGAUCUCGUCUGCAAGUUGAUCUCUCCCAUCUUGAUCGCAGCCGUCAUCUCAGCCCUCGGCUCGAUCCGCUUGGGCGUUGUAUUUACUGGCCUGACAAGCCUAGUAUGCAUCCCGAUCGAAGUCUUCUCCGCUAGAAGGGUCUGGAGCGGUAGCCCCUUACUGCAGGCACCACGUGCUAUGCCUCCAUCUCAACCAACAACGACACAAACAACCCCGAGUUCAUGGAUAGCUAGGAUCCAUGGCUUCGAGUUGUACUUUAACACCACCGUCUGGGUCCCGUCAGUUGCCUUAGCACUCCUACACUUCAACAUGUUGACGUGGCGCGCGACUUUCACCACCUAUUUGAUUAAUGCAGGGUACUCUCUGAAUAUCAUCACACUUGCUCGAGCCAUAGGCUCCUUGUUUGAGAUUACCAGCACGGUCAUCACUCCUCGCGGUAUCGAGUACAUGGGUAAAGCUCACCAUCACACGAACUCUUCAUCUACCGAUGAGGAUGACGAAGCAGGAGUUGGCUUGAUCGACAGUCAUUAUGGAGGAAAUGGAGAUGUCGAAACAUUAAUUGGACUGCAGCGGGUUGGUCUUUGGGGUAUGAGUUGGCAACUUGUAAACACGUUUCCUGUAGUUCUUGCACUAUGGGCGAUCUCAACACAAAGAGACGAAACAGAAAGCUUACUCACACUUGCUCGAAGAAUCAUCUCUGAGCAAGCUUCACCCAGUGUGGGUUGGAGCAUCGUCUUGUUCUCAUUCCUAGCGUUUUCAAGGCUCGGUGUUUGGGUCUUCGACCUUACAACCCAGCAACUGACACAGACACUUGUCCCAGAGCACCAACGAUCGAGCUUUGCCGGGACAGAGAAUUCAGUGGUGAACAUCUUUGAACUGCUCGGUGCCGGUGCUGCCAUCGCCUUCCCUCGUACAGAGCAGUACAAGUGGCUUGCACUGGCCAGCAUCGUGACGGUGAUUGUGAGCUGGAUCAUGUACGCUUUUUGGGUACGCCAACAAAGAGGACACUUGGUGCAUUGGGAGAAGCUGGCUCAGGGAUUCUGUCACAGUGGUAGGAACUGGUAAUAAUCUCUUAUAAAGGAGUGAACAUAUUCUCCUAAGUGAGAUAGGGG